AUGUCGUGGACACGACUGAUGUUAGCGGCCACCAUAGUGUGUCAGAUAUCCGCCCAGAACUCCUAUAUCCUGACACUGCCUUCCGAGAUCCGACCAGGCCUGGACCUGAAGGUACUUGUAAAUAUUUUCAAUGCGACUCAAGACGUGACGGUUAACGUGGAGUUAUGGAAAGGAGGACAACCAAACGUGCCCAUUGGGCCCUUUCCCGUACUUCGGCCGGCUGUUGCCCCUGUUGAUCCUCCUCCACCAGAACGGGAUCAACCCCAGCCCCCUAAAGAGCCUCUACCUUCCCCCAGCGAAGAGAAAAUCCUGGAGAGGCGGGCCACAGUCCAGGCAGGGAGACCGGUCACAAUCUCCUUGCAGUUACCGUCUACCCUGACAGAAGGAAACUACUUUCUAAGGGUGACCGGAAAUGGAGGCUUGACCUUUGAGAAUAGAGGAACCCUUUUGUUUAACCGGAACAGUCUGGCUGUGUUUAUACAGACGGACAAGGGCAUCUACAGACCCAGCCAAACAGUACUGUUCCGGGUGUUUGCUGUGAGUCCAGAUCUGAAACCUUACACCGGAACAUUCGACGUCAACAUCUUUGACCCAAAGAAUAACAAGAUUAAACAGUAUACAGACGUAAGAGGUGACGAUGGAAUCUAUUCAGGGGAGCUUACUCUGUCUGACCAGCCCGUUACAGGAAGAUGGAAGAUAGAGGCCACUGCAAACGGUGAAACGGAGACCGUUUACGUCACAGUUGAACAGUUUGUGCUGCCCAAGUUUGAAGUGAUAGUCAGUGUACCAGAGUAUGGUCACAUACAGGACACGGAACUGUCUGGAACUGUGGAAGCCAAGUACACUUUUGGUGAAGUAGUCGAAGGAACAGCUUUGGUGCGAGUAAGAAAUAAUUUCUUCUUUAUUCCAAGAGGAGUUCCCUGCACUGAGCCAGUCAUUGAAAAGAGAUUUCCGGUGAACGGAAGAACAUCAUUCACGAUUUCUGUCAAUGAAUUGCAAUUCUUGGGCCUUGGGUGCGACGGGGAACCCCUUAUCAAAAAUCCAUCCCAGUUUCAGCUGGAUUUCCUUCGAGGGAAGGUAAUAAAGGUAGAGGCGGAAGUAACAGAGACAUUGACCGGAACCACUCUCUCCGGGGUCGACCAGAUCCAGUACAGCGAGAAGAGGUACCGGUUACAGUGGUUGUCAUCCAACUCAAAAAACUUCAAGCCUGGCCUGUGGUAUGACUCAUUUCUGAAGGUUACUAACAAUGACGGCUCACCUAUCCCUGUCACCGAGCCGCCACAAAAAGUCACGUUGGACAUAGUGGCUUCGUUUGACGAUGGUUGUAGGCCAUUAGACAUCCGUCCAGCAGGCAGCACCCCACCUGCCGUGAAGGCUCCAACCAGAAUUUCCCUUGUCGAAGCCGAUUUACCAGUAAAUGGUUUAAUCCGGUGGUCGAACCGUGUGCCUGCUGACGCCGUCUCUGUCACCUUCACGGCUAGCUUCCCAGAUGCAUUCAAUGAAACGCAGAAUAUAGAGAAGAUGGAUUCGCCCAGCAAUAGCUUUAUUCAGUUAUUUCUACCACAACCCUCAAUCACGAUCGUUGCGCGUGGUAGUGUCGUGCAAACUGUCGAGCUGGACGGGCAAAAUCGAAGAGGCUUCUUUGAAGAAUUUACCGCUUCCAAUCAGAUGGCUCCCAGUUCCAAGUUAGUUGCUUAUGCCGUGUUGCCAAGCGGAGAAAUUGUGGCAGACAGCAUUUCUUUCAAUGUGGAUGACAUUUAUGAAAAUCAGGUAAGUCUGAGAUUUUGUUUAAAUACAUGUAAGCCCGGCCAGGAGGUCAGCGUGACCGUGACCAGUGAUCCGAACUCCGUUGUAAACCUGAUGGCCGUGGAUCAGAGCAUCUUACUGCUUAACAAGGGCAAUGACAUCACGCCGAAUAGAGUGGAACGUAAAAUUUCCGUGUUUGGAGGUGGCUACAGACCGUUACCCAGUGCAUUUGGCCGUUUCCAAUUUCAGCUACCAUUCAACGGAGGCGAUGCCACGUCUAUAUUUAGGAAUGCAGGGAUACUUGUAAUAUCGGACGGGCCUGCUCCACACGAAAAGGAACUGCAAAGACAGUUUGUCCCACUCGCAACAGCAUUUGCCCCUGCGGAAUCCUCGGGACCUGUGGAAGAUGAACUCCUGGACCCAGAAAGGGUACGCACCUUUUUCCCGGACACAUGGUUAUGGGCAAGCAAAACCUCGGGACCAAAUAGACGUGCAGUAUUCUCAGCCGCCAUUCCCGAUACGAUCACAUCAUGGGUAGUCAGUGCCUUUGCCUUGAACUCCGCCUCCGGUCUGGGAGUUGCCCCUACAAACCCUAAGGUGGAAGCCUUUCUGCCAUUCUUCGUUACUCUCAAUCUACCCAAAUCCGUGAUUCGUGGCGAGGAAGUCGUUCUGCAAGCUAUUGUCUUCAACUUCCUCCAAGUGGAUACCGCCGUUACUGUGACUUUGUCAGGGUCAAAUGAUUUCCUGAAUAUUGGAUUGGACAACAAUGGACAAACGACCACUUCCUCUGUGGACAAAGUUGAGCGUAUUCAGGUUUUAGCAGGAAAGGCUAGGUCGGUGUUUUUCCCAAUCAGAGCCACUACCUUGGGAAACAUUGACCUACAGGUGCGCGCUCAGUCUAGCGUGGCUGCUGACGCUCUCAUCCGACAGCUCCGUGUUGAGCCGGAGGGAGUUGCCCAGGACUACAACCGACCCCUGCUGAUCGACCUGACACAGAGUGGGGCCCGCUUCGAGCAGACCCUCCCACUUCCGCUUCCGGAUAAUGUCGUACCGGGAUCAGUCCGGGUAAAGACAAACGUCCUUGGGGAUCUCUUGGGACCCACAAUCAACAACCUGGACAAGUUGUUGAAGAUGCCAAGCGGUUGCGGGGAACAGAAUAUGAUCAACUUUGCCCCAGAUGUAUUUAUCCUAAAAUACCUGACAGAAACGGGGCAACUGACGAAUGAAAUACGUGAUAAGGCAACACAAUUCCUUGAGAAAGGUUACCAGCGUCAACUGACGUACCAGCGAACAGACGGUUCCUUCAGCGCUUUCGGUAACACCGAUGAAGCAGGCAGCACGUGGUUGACCGCCUUCGUUGUCAAGUCAUUCUCUGAGGCCAAACCUUUCACGUUUAUUGAUGACAAGGUCCUAAACCGAGCUGUAGACUGGCUUGUUAACAAUCAGGACCCCUCGGGGGCAUUCAGAGAGACAGGGAAUGUGAUCCACACAGAAAUGCAGGGUGGUGCAGCACGAGGGACACCCCUUACCGCCUAUGCCCUUAUAGCCAUCUACGAGCAAGAGGCUUUGUCCACGGAAAACGCAGUUGCACGUAGAAAUGCUAUAAACCGAGCGAGAAGCUACCUGGAAGCAGAGGUUAGCAGCGUUUCUGACGUGUACGCUUUGUCCAUUGUAUCGUACGCCUUGAAACUAGUCAACAGCCAGGAGGCCAAUCGGGCUUUCACAAGGCUUCAAGCUUUAGCAACAGUUAGAGACGGUGAGAAGUUUUGGGAUGUGCCAUCCCGUGAUGAACGCUCAGGCUCCGGUCCAGUUCCCCUGUUGCCCGAUGCGGAAUUCUGGACACCGCCAAUCAUCAUCCGAUCUCAGAAUGUAGAGGCUACUUCUUACGCCUUGUUGACCAUUGCCGAGAGACGUAAGACCACGGACGGAUUGCCCGUUAUCAAGUGGCUUGCACAACAGAGAAAUCCCACGGGCGGGUACGCCUCCACCCAGGACACCGUGGUCGCCCUCCAGGCUCUCUCAGAAUUCGCCGGCUUGAUUUACUCGCCAACGUCAAACGUCGACGUGGUUGUGAGCGCUGCCAAUUUCCGUCAAUCCUUCGGCGUGUCAAGGUCGAGCGCCCUCAUCCUGCAGUCCACAGAGAUACCUGGUCCACCUGACAGCGUUACUAUCUCCGCAUCUGGAUCUGGAACCGCCAUUGUGGAGGUGUCCGUGUCGUACAACGUUUUCAGAGAUAACCAGGAACCCGCCUUUGACAUCCGUGUUACCUUGAGGAACGAAACCAUCAACGGGUUUGUGCUGGAAACAUGCGCCACGUACACAAGAAACAGUACAAGUGGAAUGGUUGUCCAGGAGACCGGGAUUCCAACAGGAUUCCAACCAGAUAUAGAGAGUAUUGGCAAAGUUAGAGGGUUAAAACGCACAGAACUACUCGAUCGCAAAGUGGCGCUCUACUUUGAUCAGGUAACCUCUAACCCUCGGUGCGUGAGGAUGAGGGUCAAUAGGGUGGGUCUGGUGGCCAAAACGCAAGCAGUGCCAGUGCGAAUCUUCCAGUACUACUCGCCAGAUGAACAAGUCACAGUGUUCUACCAGUCACAGUUGUUGAACAACUCGAAUUUCUGUGAUAUAUGUUCUGACUGUAGCUGCCCUGGCAGAUAAGAUCUUCAGAGUACAGCAGAGGGACAUUCGAAGAUG